GCGCUAGUUUCGGCUUGCCGCUCCGACGUGACGGACGCUCUUUUCCAGUGGACGCCGGCUUACACGUGGAAGCGGCCUUCUCCGGUGUGUCGUGCUUUUCUUUGUUUUGAUCGCGUGUGAAUUCGUGUGUACGGGCUCGAUAUACAGUGGAAUAUUCGGUGUGACAGUGGAAAAUAAGCGAAUUACAAUUCGGUGGUUUCGUUUCUGUCGCGUGUAUGUACUUCGAUUGAGUUCAGUGAGCGUUACUCGAAACGAAGCGUUGUGAGACUUGGACACAGUGUUUAUUCGAAUCUACGCCAUCAACUACCUCGAUUUGGAUUACGUGAAUCUAAAGCAACGGACGACGGGAACCGUGAGGGAAAGGGGAGCCGGAGUGAAGCUCGACAUUCAAAAAGGUGCGUAUUAUUAACGAGAAUUGAAUUUUCCGCCACGUCCAGUGUUCCAACCGGAAGAGCACCGAUGAACGAUAAGUAAGGAUAACCGUAAAUCACUCGGAUCGAGGCCGUACGUCUCGUCCAGGCCAGGUUCGAUGCGUGCGGCGUUAUUCAAAUGUAAACCGGCCAAAUUACAAGCAAACUUGUAAACAGCCUCAUCAAAGUGAACCAUUUCAAUUGGACGACACUCUUCCAAAAGGUCCGGCCACUUGGACAAGGACGGGAAGGACGAGAAGCCACGUAGCCACGGUGGUUCUCUCGCCCGAUCGGGGAAACGACGGAUCUCACUCGCGGAAAUCGGUGACGAUGAGCUAGCGACACGACGAUGAGGAGGAUGAAGCAGCGAGCGCUGCUCGCCUGGCCAUGGUUGUGGCUGUGGCUGCUCGCGGCCACGGCGGGUUCCCCGUCUUCCGACGCUUCCCCGUCGACCACGCUCUCGUCGUCGUCGGCGGCGGCGAGCACAGGCCCCGUGACGAGGUCGUUCUCGCCCACCAUCCCCACGUCCACCUCCGCCUCCUCCUCGUACGCGAGCGAGGGGACGAACAACCACGACCAACAACAGCCAGCGUACCCCCGACAACCUGACAACGAGUUCCGUUUCACCCUUCCGCUCUACAACGUGUCGAUACCCGAGAACUCGAUCGGCAAGACGUACGUGGUCCCUUACGUGGACGAGAGGAUGGGUAUAAAGCUCCCGUCACCGGACGCCAACCUCGACAUCCGUUUCCGCAUAAUGAGCGGUGACCGCGACCGAUUCUUCAAGGCCGAGGAGCGGACCGUCGGUGAUUUUUGCUUCCUAUUGAUUCGGACUCGUACGGGUAACGUGGACGUGUUGAACCGGGAGAGGAAGGAUCAUUACGUGCUCGAGGUGCGCGCCACCUUGAACAAGAACGACGGGAGAAAUCUGGUUACGAUACUCGAGGCGGACACCACCGUAGUUGUCACGAUCUUGGACACGAACGACCUGAACCCCCUCUUCUACCCGACCGAGUACGAGGCCACCAUCACGGAGGACACGCCUAUGCAUCGAAGCAUACUCAGGGUAAUCGCCGAGGACGCCGAUCUCGGCAGGAACGGGGAGAUUUAUUACAGCUUCGCCGAGGAAACGGAUCAGUUCGCCGUUCACCCGGUCAGCGGGGUAAUAACGCUCACCAGGCCGCUCAGAUACACGGAGCGAGCGAUCCACGAACUAGUGGUGCUCGCAAAGGACCGGGGUGCGUUGUUCCGGGGAAGCAGCAGGGCUAGCACGGCGAAGGUGACGAUCAAGGUGCGGCAGGUGAACCUUCACUCGCCCGAGAUCUACGUGCACCACCUGCCCGACAUCGUGGAGCACUCGAACGCGGACAUCUACGCGAUCGUGCGGGUGAUCGACAACGACGAGGGCAUACACGGGCAGAUCGCGAGCCUGGACAUCGUGGGCGGCGACCCGGCCGGCCACUUCAGGGUUCGUCCAGCCGGUGGGCCGCACUCGGGGGAAUACAACAUCGAGGUGUUACACCUGUUGGACAGGGAGACGGCGGUACAGGGCUACAACUUGACGCUACGCGCGACGGAUCGCGGCGUCCCGCAACGCUUCAGCUACAAAUUCGUGCCCGUCCACCUGGCCGAUCUGAACGACAACGCCCCCGUGUUCAGCCGGGAGAUAUACGAGGUGAGGGUGGCCGAGACGGCGCCCGUCAACACGCCGGUGAUCCAGCUGAAGGUGACGGACGCGGACGAGGGGAAGAACGCGUUGGUGUUUCUGGAGAUCGUGGGCGGGAACGAGGGCGGCGAGUUCUACGUGAACGCGGAGACGGGGAUGUUGUACACGGCCGUGAGCCUGGACGCCGAGAAGAAGGCGUUCUACACGCUGACCGUGUCGGCGGUCGAUCAAGGGAACGCGGGGACCAGGAAGCAAUCGUCGGCCAAGGUGAAGAUAAACGUGGUCGACACGAACGACAACGACCCGACGUUCGAGCAGUCGGAGAUGGAGGUAUGGAUCGACGAGAACGAGCCGGCGGGCACGUCGGUCGUGAAGAUAACCGCGAAGGAUCGUGACUCGGGCGAGAACGCGUACAUCUCGUACAGCAUCGACAACAUCCAGAAGGUGCCGUUCGAGAUCGACCACUUCUCGGGUAUAGUGAAGACGAAACAGGUGCUCGACUACGAGACCAUGAAGCGAGAGUACUUGCUGCACGUGCGGGUGAGCGACUGGGGCAUGCCCUUCAGACGGCAGGCCGAGAUGCGGCUGCACGUGAAGGUGCGCGACGUGAACGACAACCGGCCCCAGUUCGAGAGGAUCGAUUGCUCCGGCCACGUGCCGAGAUACGUGUCGAUCGGCUCCGAGAUCAUCACCGUCUCGGCCAUCGACUUCGACGCGGGCAACAUCAUCAGUUAUCGCAUCGUCUCCGGGAACGAGGACGGCUGCUUCGCCCUGGACUCGGCGAGCGGGGUGCUGUCCGUCGCCUGCGACCUGUCCGACGUCAAGGUGGCCGAGCGCGUGGUCAACGUCACCGCAACGGACGGCUCGCAUUUCGCGGACGUGAACCCCGUCCACAUGCACCUGGUGAACGCGAAGAGGAACUUGGGCUCGCAGGGGAGGAUACUGUCGGAUCAGAGCGGAGCGUUCGAGUGCCGGGACACGGGCGUCGCCCGCCGUCUGACCGAGGCGAUCGCCGCCGCCGAGAGGAACAACAUGCCCUCGAAGGACGACGAGUACGCGCUGACGCCGAGCAGAUACGGCGAGAACGUGCACGCCCCAGAGUUCGUCGAUUUCCCCAGCGAGAUAAAAGCGAACGAGUCGGUGGGGAUAGGCACGACCCUGGUCAGGAUCCGCGCCAGGGACAAGGACUUGGACUACAACGGGAAACUGGUGUUCUGCGUCUCGGCCGGGGACCGGGACUCCGUGUUCAAGAUCGACCCCGACACGGGCGACCUGAACGUGAUCGGUCACCUGGACAGGGAGCGGGAGAGCGAGUACUUCCUCAACAUCAGCGUGUACGACUUGGGCAAGCCGCAGAAGUCUGCCUCGAGGAUGCUCCCCGUCACGAUCCUCGACGUGAACGACAACGCGCCCAAGUUCGACAAGUCUCUGGCGAGCUUUCGCGUCUCCGAGACGGCUUUGAACGGGACGAACGUGUGGCGGGCGAACGCGACCGACGCCGAUCUCGGCGAGAACGCCCGGGUCACGUACUCCCUGGUGACCGAGACGAACGACUUCCGGGUGGAUCCCGUCACAGGCGUGCUUACCGUUUUCGGCAGGUUGGACAGGGAACGGCAGGAGGUGUACGAGCUGAGGAUACGGGCGCAGGACAACGGGGGCAGGGGGACGGACGCGCCCCCCUUGUACUCGGACGCUUUGGUCAGGGUGAUGGUGGACGACGUGAACGACAACGCGCCCAGCUUCGCGUUGUCCAGUUACACGGUGAAGAUUCGCGAGGACGUGCCCGUGUGGACGGUGGUCGCAGUCGUGGACGCCACGGACCCGGACGAGGGGGGCGGCGGCGACGUCGAGUACUUCCUGUCCGACGCCAUGGAGAGCGAGGGCUACUUCAAGGUCGACAAGGUGUCCGGCACCAUCAGGAUCACUCAGAGCUUGGACUUCGAGGAACGACAGAUGCACACGUUGACGAUAGUGGCGAGGGACAGGGGCGAGCCGUCCUUGUCCUCCGAGACCAUGGUUAUCAUAGACGUGGUGGACGUGAACGAGAACGUGCACCCGCCACUUUUCGACGACUUCGUCGUUUCCGCGAGCGUGUUCGAGAAUCAAGCUGUGGGCACUCUGGUAACCACCGUCCGCGCCAAGGACGCCGAUCCCCUCGGCGGGGACUCGAGGAUCGGAUAUACCAUACGUGGAGGGGACGGGAUCGGGAUUUUCUCCAUCGACAACGAAGGUAAGAAUCGUGCAGCUCUCGAAACCAAUCGAUCAAUCGGCGCGAAAAUAGAGCAACUGGGUAACAUCAAGACAAAGGCCGUGCUCGACGUGGAAUCGAAGAGAGGAUACUGGUUAACGGUAUACGCGCAGGAUCACGGUGUAGUUCCUUUGAGUUCCAGUUUACAGGUGUACGUGGAGGUGCUCGACAAGAACGACAACACACCAUUGACCGAGGUUCCGGUCUAUUAUCCAUCGGUCCUCGAGAACUCACCGGCAGGCGUGAGCGUUCUUCAGAUACGGGCGUUCGAUCGCGACGUCUCGCCUCAACGAUUCACCUUCUCCAUCACGAGCGGCAAUCCGGAGGGUUAUUUUCUCAUCAAUUCCACCACGGGUUUGAUCACGACCAGCGGGCGGAAGCUCGAUCGGGAGAACCAGGCGGAACACGUUUUGGAGGUGACGGUCAGGGACGACGGAUGGCCGUCUCUCUCCUCGACGACCCGCGUCGUGAUCGCAGUGGCGGACAUAAACGACCACGGGCCCGAAUUCGAGCAAAAGUUCUACACCGUUCAGAUACCAGCAUCCCCGUCCACCGAUAAACCGUUGUUCCAGAAAUCGAGGAACCGCUCGCGGGAGUUCGACCUUUCGAUCGAUACGUUACUAGAGAAUGGAACUUGGGAGACAUUUAGCCUCGACAGCUUGUCAGGGGAUCCUAUAUUCAGGGUACUCGCGAAGGAUAAAGACAUCGGAGAUAAUGGAAAAAUUCAGUACAGUAUCAAGGGUGGGCGAGGCAAGGGCAAGUUCAAAAUUCACCCCACCACUGGAAUGGUGUACUCUCAACGCGGAUUCGAAGCUGGACAGGAAUACGAGAUGAUGAUAAGGGCGGCAGACUGCGGGGAACCGCAGCGCAGCCAUCAAACACGGGUGUCCGUGCAAGUUGUCGAGGUACCAAAGGAAUCCGAGAACCCACCAGUCUUCAAAACGAACAAUCAGAGUGUCGAGGUUACGGAGAGCGACAAGGUCGGGUUUCUCGUGGCACUGGUCCAGGCCACCGACAAAGAUGGCGAUUAUUUGUGGUACGAUAUCAUUGACGGCGACAAAAGGGACGAGUUCUUCAUCGGCCGAGACAACGGAAACGUGCUGCUCGCGAAGAAACUCGAUUGGGAAACGCAAAACUUUUACAACCUGACGAUCCGCGUGACGGACAGCGUGGAAUCUGCCGUGACCCAACUUCUGGUCAACGUGAUCGACAUCAACGAUCACAGGCCUGAAUUCACCGAGAGUGUUUAUCGCGUGGACAUCUCGGAGAACGUGGAAAAAGGGGAGAGGAUCCUUCAGCUGCACGCGACCGACGAGGACGAGGACAAGAAAGUGUUCUACAGCCUUCACGCAGCCCAGAAUCAAGCCUCGUUGGAGAUCUUCCACGUAGAUUCGGUGACGGGUGCCGUUACGUUGAACGAGGUCCUCGAUCGAGAGGCGAUCGAGGAGCACGUACUCACCGUGAUGGUUAAAGAUCAGGGGACACCGGCGAAACGAAACUACGCCAGAGUUAUAGUAACGGUACACGAUCACAAUGAUCAUGCCCCGGAGUUCAUUAGCGAGAUCAUCCAGGGAAAGGUGUACGAGACGUCUCCCAUCGGCGCUGCCGUGGUCCAAGUGUACGCCAUAGACAGGGACAAAGGAGACAAUGCCAAGAUCACUUAUUCGAUUACUUCUGGGAACGUGGGUAACAUGUUCACGAUAGAUCCGAAUCUGGGCGUGAUUCGAGUAGCCCGAGAAUUAGAUCUGAGCGCCUCCUCGGAGUACAUAUUGUUGGUAAAGGCCACGGACCACGGUUCCCCGGCGUUGGCCAAUACGGUGCCUGUACACGUGAUGGUAACCAUGGCCGACAAUGCGCCACCUAGAUUCAUCCAAAAAGAAUUAUCGGCCGAAAUUUACGAGAAUCAACAGGUGGGCACUUACGUGAAGCACGUGGAAGCAAGGAGCACGUCCUCCUUGCAGUUCGAGAUCGUUCAGGGGAACAAGGACGACACGUUCUUCGUAAAUCCGAGCACGGGCGUCAUAGUGAUCAAGAACGAGCUGGAUUACGAGAAGACGAAAUUUUACAACUUGACGAUAGCCGCGACCAACAUGGCCAGCGCGAAGGCGCAUUGCAACGUGAUCGUCCACGUUCUGGAUCGAAACGACAACGCGCCAAGAUUCCUGCAAGCCGUGUACAGCGGGGAGAUAAGCGAGGGCGCCACCAUAGGCUCCUUGGUGCUCACCAACACGAGCACGCCAUUGGUCAUAAAGGCGGAGGACGCCGACUCCGAGCUGAACGCCCUUUUGAAUUACGACAUAGUGGAGGACUUGCCGCGAAAAUACUUCCACAUAGACUCGAGCACGGGCGCAAUUAGGACGGUAAUGGUUCUGGAUCACGAGACCGUUCCUAAGUUCACCUUCCACGUGAAAGUCUCCGAUCUGGGGAAACCGAAACUGUCCUCCGAGACCACUGCCAAAGUGAUGAUCCUCGUCACGGACGUGAACGAUUGUCCGCCCAAGUUCCUCGAAAACGACUACAACACCACCGUGCUGUUACCCACGUACAAGAAUGUCGCCGUGGUCCGAGUCAGCGCCGUCGAUCCAGACAGUUCUGAAGGCGUCCCGCUCAGAUACGACAUCAUCGAUGGGAACAAGGCGCACACGUUCGACAUAGACUCCCAAACCGGUGUGAUCACCGUGUAUAACCCGGAACGCAUGAAGAAAAGCUAUCUGUUACGGGUCCGCGUGUCGGACGGAAAGUACUCGAGCGUGUGCCAGGUGAACGUGAUCGUGGAGAAGUCGGAGAACUCUGGGCUGAUGUUCCAGAAGGACGUCUACGAGGGCACCAUACCGGAGAACUCGACUCGAAUCACCACUGUCGCGGUCGUGAACGUUUUGGGGAGCGCGUUGAACGAGCACAUUGUCUUCAGCAUUCUGAACCCGACCGACAUGUUUGUAAUUGGAUCCACGUCCGGCGCGAUCCGAACCACCGGGAUUAGAUUCGAUCGGGAGGUUUGCGACCAUUACGAAUUGAUAGUGGAGGCGAGGAGUCAGAUGCCGGGCAGGGAGAAGCCGAGGGUGGCGCACGUGAUCGUGAACGUCACUAUAUUGGACAUCAACGACAACUGUCCAAUGUUUGUUAACUUGCCCUAUUACGCCGUCGUGUCUGUGGAGGCGCAGAAGGGCGACAUUAUUACCAAGGUGCAUGCAAUAGACAUGGACAGCGGCGACAACGGAGAAGUUAGGUACGAGCUGAAGAAGGGCCACGGAGAGUUGUUCAAGGUGUGCAGAAAAACGGGCGAGAUAUCUCUGAAACAGAAUCUGGAGGGUCACAAUCGCGAAUAUCAACUCACUAUUGCCGCAUACGAUGGAGGCAUUACACCGUGCUCUAUCGAGGUGCCGGUGAACGUAAAGGUGAUAGAUCGAUCGAUGCCAGUGUUUGACAAGCAAUUUUACACGGACAGCGUGCUGGAAAGUAUUGAGAUACAUUCGCCUCUAACUUUGUCUAUACAGGCCGAGUCGCCGUUGAAUCGCAAGUUGAUAUACAGUAUAACAAAAGGGAACGAUUUCGAGGAAUUCGCUCUGGAUUUCAACACAGCCCCCGACAGUAACAAUGGUCCUUGUGUAAUCUACGUGGUGGACGAGUUGGAUUACGAGCAGAAGAAACAGUACGAACUGACCGUCCGCGCGACGGACAGCGUAUCAGGCGUCUACGCGGAGGUGCUCGUUAGCAUUCUGGUACUGGACGUGAACGAUUGCCCGCCCGAAUUCACUCAAGACUCGUACAACAUCUCGGUAUCCGAGGCAGCGCCGUUCGGCACUUCCGUGUUGAGAGUCAGCUCCAGAGAUAACGACACGGACAUAAAUCAGCAAGUACGCUAUGCGAUUCAAAACGACACGGAAAACAGCACGGAUCUGUUUCACAUAGACCCGGAAGAAGGUGUGAUCUUUUUGAAGAGAUCUCUGGAUCACGAAGCCCACGAGUCUCAUCACUUCACCGUAAUAGCCAUAGAUCGCGGCGUACCGAGUCUUUCGAGCACUGCCCACGUUUGGGUGACGGUGAUCGAUAUGAACGACAACCCACCCAAGUUCGAGCAACCCUCGUACACCUGCUCACUGUCCGAACACGCGGAACGGGGUCAAUUCGUGACCGUGGUAUCCGCCAGUGAUCCGGACUACGUUGACGAGAAACUAACGUACACGAUAGUCGGCGGCAACGAGCAACAAACGUACAACAUCGAUCAAUCAACCGGCAUUAUUUCGCUGAUCAACAUGCAGAACUUUGGAGAAAAAAAGUUGAGCAUGCUAAAUGUCUCUGUCACCGAUAAUGUCUAUACGAGCUUCGCACGUGUCAAGAUCGAGAUACUACCUGCCAACAGACACAAUCCUAAGUUUCCCAAUCCGGUGGUCGAAGUAACGGUAUUCGAGAAUCAGUUGCCUGGUAGAUUGGUCACCAGCGUGAUAGCCACUGACGAUGACUUCGGAGAAUAUGGAACGGUCAUAUACAGCAUACCUUCUGAACUUAUGAAAGAGAUUUUCGAUAUAAAUAGAUUGACAGGAGAGAUUGUAACUAGGAAGAAAUUGAAUCGGGAAGAGCAGAAAUUGUAUGAAAUACCUGUGAUGGCUACCGAUGGAGGUGGUAAGUCAGGUUUCGUGAUGGUUAGGGUUAAAGUUGGGGAUGAGAACGACAAUUCACCCGUGUUCCUUCUGAGGGAAUAUAAAGCUAGUAUCCAUGGGAAUUUGACCAUAAAUACGUCAUUCUUGAAAGUGAAGGCUAAGGAUGCUGAUGAGGACGACGCUGCGAGGAUCGUUUACUCGAUCUAUGAACCACAGACUUCGGAAGCUAAGGCAUUAUUUGGAAUAAAUCCUAAUACUGGAGCUUUGUUCCUGCAGAAAAGUGCGAUAUCGUGGGAAAAUCAGUUAUUUGAGCUCUUUAUUCGUGCCGAAGACAAAGGUGGAGCUACAACUCAUCACGCUGAUGUUCCUCUCAGCAUCUAUAUAAUGGGUCCACAAGAUAUUCCACCUCUAUUUGAACGAAAAGAGGACAAAUUCUUCAUAUCUGAAGCAUCUCCUGUCGGUACACCAAUAACCAGGCUCAAAAUCGUAACCAAUAGCACGGUCACUUAUAGAAUAGUUUCUGGAGACGAAGAUUCCCCGUAUUUCAUGAUUGAUGGUUAUGGACAAAUUACUUUAAUCAAACCUUUGGACCGAGAGAACAAGGACAAUCACUUGAUCGGAGUUCUCGCCGAAACGGAUUCCAGUCCUCCAUUGACAGCUCUUGCAGAAAUAUCGCUUCAAGUGUUAGAUGAAAAUGAUCACGCUCCUAAAUUCGAAAGCAAUCCUUAUGGUAUCAGCGUGGCGGAGAACGUGGAGGAAGGAACAUCGAUUUUGAAAAUUAUCGCGCACGAUGAUGAUUUAGGUAGCAAUGGAGAAGUUCGAUAUUCUUUCGGCUCGGAUAUAGGCGAAUUAGCGAAUGUAUUCACGGUGGAUGCAUAUACUGGCUGGAUAUCGACAUUGGUUCAACUUGAUAAGGAAAAACAGCCCGAAUAUAAAUUUCAAGUAGUCGCCACCGACAAUGGAAAUCCAAAGCAUUUCGCAAGAACUUCUGUGCACGUCAAACUAAAAGACUAUAACGACAAUCCUCCCGCGUUCGUAGAUGAUCGUUACGAAGCAACUGUAAACGAAGACGCACUACCAGGAACAGUCGUGGUCAAGUUGAUCACCGUCGACAAGGAUUCGGACGUGAACACGCCUAUAGAAUUCUAUAUAACAUCCGGUGAUCCGAGAUCCCAGUUUCAGAUUAGAUCGACUGGCGAGGUGUACGUGGCAAAAUCUCUGGAUCGGGAAACGAUCGAUCGUUAUGAACUCGAAAUAGUCGGCACCGAUGGUAAAUACGUUUUCAAAACACGAGUAACGGUACAGAUACUCGAUGUGAACGACAAUCCGCCAUAUUGUCUGAGGUAUCGUUAUAGAGAAAUUCUAUCCGAGGGUUCUCAUCCAGGCACUUACGUAUUAACUGUGCUCGCCACUGAUUACGAUGACGAACCGAACGCCAAACUGCGUUUCUAUUUAACCGGCGACAACAACGACAAGUUCUCAUUGGACAAGGAGACAGGCGUGUUGAAGACGAUUGGUCAGUUGGAUCGAGAAACUCAAGCGAAGUAUUCACUCACGGCUCAUGUGCAGGAUAGAGACAAACCAUCUUGGGAAUGUUCAUCUCAGUUAGAAAUUCUGAUCUCGGAUUUGAACGACAACGCGCCUAAAUUCACCAUGCAAACAUACAGUGCAACACUGCCGGAAGAUGUAGAAGUUGGUACUUUGGUAACAAAAGUGCAUGCCACGGAUGAUGAUAUCGGCAUUAAUCGCAAGAUCAGAUACGAGUUUAUCGAUUCCGCCGAUGGCCAUUUUCUCAUCGCAACGGACAGCGGCAUCGUUACGCUCGGCAAACCAUUGGACAGAGAAACGAAGGCGAUGUAUAACGUGACUAUCCAGGCAUUGGAUCAAGGAACUCCUCAAUUGAUGAGCAUGACUUCGUUAAUCGUCAACGUUCAAGAUAUCAAUGAUAAUCCACCAGAAUUUGCGUCCAAGAUUUACUUCUCUAAAGUUCCUGAAAUCUAUGCGGUUGGCACGGAAGUGGCAAGAGUUCUCGCAACGUCUAAAGAUACCGGGGUUAAUGCCGAUGUUUAUUACUCAAUCGUUGGCGGGAAUGAACACAAAAAAUUCCAAAUCGAUGCGCGUACCGGUGUCAUUAUAAUUGCGGAACAAUUGGAUUUUGAGCGUGCAAGAGAUUAUUUUUUGACUAUUCAGGCUGUGGAUGGAGGAAUUCCGCCUUUGAGUAAUCAUGCCACUGUGAAUAUUACUGUGAUUGAUAGCAACGAUAACGCGCCGAUAUUCAGUGAAGUUUCGUACAGAGCUUCUAUAAGGGAGGACGCAAAGAUUGGAGAGAAAGUUAUACAGGUAUUCGCAAAUGACUUGGAUAGCGAAGAAAACGGAAAUGUAUCUUAUUAUAUAGAACGAGGUGACAGGCAAAAGCAAUUCUCGAUCGAUCAGAAAACAGGACAAAUUAUCGUCGCCGCUCCGUUGGAUCGCGAGGAAAUUGGUAAUUACGUGCUAGAGGUUCACGCCCGCGAUAGCGGUAUACCCGUACUUUCCAGCUUCGUAAUGGUAAACAUCGAGGUUCUAGAUGCAAAUGACAACUCGCCGCUGUUCUCCCUUUCAAAUUAUACCGCAGUAGUACAAGAAGACAAGCCCUUGGGUCACACUGUAUUACAAUUCGUGGUCACAGACGCAGAUAUCGAGCCAAAUGCCGCCCCAUAUACUUUUGAUUUUCGAUCUGGAAAUGAGGGUGACGCGUUCAGAUUGGAACAGGAUGGAACAUUGCGAACUGCGACUAAAUUCAACAAUAGAGUGAAGGAUAAAUAUAUGCUGCAUAUACGCGUCUUCGACAAUGGAAGUCCACCUUUAUAUUCCGAUGCUUGGGUGUUGAUCAAAGUAAUCGAGGAAUCUCAAUAUCCUCCGGUAAUUACGCCCCUAGAAGUGGUUAUUAAUUCGUACAUGGAUGAAUAUCCUGGUGGAAUUAUUGGAAAAGUUCAUGCAACGGAUCAGGAUCAAUAUGACACGCUUUCGUACAAUUUGAAUCCAUCGUCUCCUAUUCCAAACGAUCUUUUCCAAAUUGACAAAAUCGAUGGCACUUUGGUAGCUCUUCCACGACUCGAUGUCGGCGAAUACAAAGUAAAUGUCAGUGUAACAGAUGGAAAAUUUAGCACCCAUUCUAUAGUAAAAGUAAACGUCGAUUUAAUAACCGAUAAAAUGUUGGAGAAUUCUGUAAUCGUAAGAUUCAGAGAGGUUAGCCCGGAAAAUUUCAUAUUAAGCCAUCGUAAAGGAUUUAUCAAGACUGUACGAAACGCGAUGAAUUGUAGGUUAAAAGACGUCGUUAUUAUAAGCGUUCAACCUUCCACCGAUGAAAUAAAUUUAAUUAAAUCUCGCACUAUUCGACAAACCGUACACAAUGAUCUGGAUCUUUUAUUCGCAGUAAAGAAAAGUUCUACACCUUUAGGAUUUUACGCUUCUGAAAGUAUACGGGAAGCAUUGAAUCAGCGUAUCGAAGAACUGGAGGAAUCGACGAAAUUGGUAGUGGAAGAAAUCGUCAGAUUUAAAUGCAACAAAGAAUACUGCGUUUAUGGAGAUUGUCAAGACAAAGUUGUUCUCGAUGUUACACAAAUAACGCCUGUAGCUACUGAUGUGAUGAGUUUCGUUUCGCCACGUCACAAACACAAGAUGGAAUGUAGUUGUAAAGAAGGAUAUGCCGGCAAUCAUUGCGAACUGGUCGUGAACGAAUGUGCUAGAGAUCCUUGUCCCAUGUUUAAAGUUUGCAUUCCUGAUUCUUCUGUUCAAGGAUAUUUCUGCCAAUGUCCGGAAGGCUUCGCUGGACAAACCUGUGAUAUUGACAUCUCAAAGUGCCACGACGAAUCUUGUUACAUUCCACGGAAUCCAAUAUCAUUCAGUGGCAAGAGUUACGCUCGUUACAGAAUCGACAAAGCCCACAUCAGACAGACCAUCGAGGAUCGUCUUAGCUUAUCUUUACGAAUCAGAACGGUACAAUUAACUGGAAAUUUAAUGUACGCGGCUGGCAAGGUUGAUUACAAUAUUUUAGAAGUUAUGAAUGGAGUCGUACAAUACAGGUUCGAUCUGGGUAGUGGAGAAGGUUUGGUUCGCGUGAGCAGCGUAUACGUGAGCGACAGACAAUGGCACGAAAUCCAAUUAGAACGAGAAAGUAACAGCGCUAAGCUAACUGUAGAUGGAAAACACGUGGCUCACGGAUCAGCGCCCGGUAUAAACGAUAUUCUAAAUCUUCAAUCGGAUGAUCUAUAUCUGGGCGCCGAAGUUAGACAGCAUCCAUCGAUUCUGGGCUUUGAAGAUGUUCAACGUGGUUUCAUAGGGUGCAUGGAUGAUGUCAGAAUCGCCAGAGUAUCGGUGCCACUGCACAUGAGUGGAGCAAGUAGCGUUGCUGUUUUAAAACGCUUUGCAAAUGUCGAAUUUAGUUGCGACGCUGCUACAGUUCUCGUGUCCCCAGGAAUUUGCGGCUCACAACCUUGUCAAAAUGGUGGUACAUGCAAGGAUUCUGGUGGCGACAAUUACGAAUGCCAAUGCCACACCAGAUUUAAAGGACAUGCUUGCGAAAUCGAUACCGAUCCCUGCGCAUCCUCGCCCUGUCUCUAUGGCGGCCGUUGCAAAAUCGUGCCGGAAGGAGGUGACUUUACUUGUGACUGUGUUGGGCCAAGCUUAAGCGGAAAACGUUGCGAAUUCGGGAGAUAUUGUAGUCCAAAUCCUUGUAUCCACGGUGGAGUAUGCGAGGAAGGAAAUAAUGGACCUAUAUGCAAAUGUCAAGGAUUCAUGGGCGAUCGUUGCGAGACGGAUAUAAAUGAAUGCGACGCUAAUCCAUGCACGAACGGAGGUACUUGCGUGAAUGAAAUAGGAACGUACAGAUGUAUCUGUCCUCCCAAUAUGACAGGACUAAAUUGUGGCAACCCGGCAUAUUCCACGCCGAUCAUAUCUAGCCAUUUUAACAUCACGUGGGAGCAGCUGAUGUGGAUUGGUAUCGCAGUGGUACUGAACGUAUUUCUGAUCAUCAUAUUCCUCACCUUCCGUCGAAUCAGAAUGAAACGGACGAGAGCACGAGCGAACAAUAUCAACAACGAGACCAGGAAACAAAUCGUGUUGAACUCGGCACGGCCUCACGAACACGAGUUCAAACGUAGCUCAAAAUUGAGCAACUUGGAAGUGAUACAGAGAGAACCUCCCCAAUGCCCUCCUAGACCCGCUUCCUACACUCCAAGCUCGAACAACGAGCCGGCCGCAUACGGUAACUCUGCAGCUGUGGCGCUAAAUAAUUUAGAUACGUUGCGUAGUUACGGCAGCGCCGGUGACGAGUUGGAAAAUUUCCCUCCUGAUUAUUUGAGAAAUCUGAACCGCAGUACCCCCGUGCCCCCUCCAUCCUUAACCCUCGCUAAUCCAGUCGGUGGAAACGCUACAGGCAGUGACACGGAUAGCCUUCAUAAGCCGAGCUGGCAAGAGCAGAUGCAACUAGCUUCCUUCAUCACGGACACGACAAAGAUAAAGAAUGACCUGAAACGAGCGAGCCCAGUGGUACCAGAGCUGACCACUGGAGGACUUCUACUAAAUUCUUCUCGACGCGUGCCUCAUGGAGGUGGGACCUCCGUUGCCUCCAUGACGUCCAUCGAGGAUGAUCCUCGUAUAGUCGGUGGGUAUCACUGGGAUUGUUCAGACUGGGUCAGACCAAGCCAAAACCCCUUGCCUAAUAUCACGGAGGUGCCUGGAAGCGAAGUACCAGACUCGUCCAGCUUCCACAGCAAUGAGAGUAACGAAUCAAACACUCAUCAGUUACCGUCAGUGCACGGCUCUGUAGAUCCAGCGAGAGACAUCGAGACGUUGAACGAAGAUCAAGAAUCAGAAUACGUCGGCGACUCGGAAUGCGGGACUGAAUUCUCUGAGCAAUAUCAAUGCGCAGAAACACAGCGUUUGAAUCCCCUGGACAGUGGCGGCGAAGGAGAAUACAAGUAUAAAGGUUCCGAAAGUUAUCUUCGCCAUCCGAAUUCUUAUCUACCGCAUUACAAUAUCCACACGGACACAGAGAACGAAACGAAUCCGUUGAAUGGACGUCUUAGUACUUUAGAAUCCGACGAGGAGGAAGACGACGUAGUGCCUUAUGGUUUCCCAAGCACCCGACGAAACCGAUGCCACAAAGGAGACGAGGUCGAUGAAAUCGGUUCGGUGAUCACCACUCUCGAAGAAAGGAAUUCGUUGUUAGGCGGUGCGACGAGUAACAGCGAUUUAUCCACGAAUUUGUGCGAGAUUGAUGAUUCCGAGUACGAGAUCACCGAUCAAAAGAGUAACGGCCGUUUGUGGUUGUCGGGGAAUGGUAUCACGCAGACCUCGGUGUGACAAACAGUGGUGCCACGACUUAAAAACAAAUUGAACAUAAUCGUGUUUUUCUGUGCUUAUUGAAUAAAGACAGUGCGAAUGUUAUGUGAAUAUAAAAAAAAAAAUAUUGUACAUACGUAUUAUCGAAUCAGAGGUAGAGAAAAAAAUGAUAAAAAGUGUGUACAGAGGCAGCUAUGAAUAUAAAAAACUGAUAAACACGAGAUAAUUAAUAAACACGGUAUAAAAAUUCGCAUACUGAGCUAACGAUGCGCCUUGUUUACGCAUCGUACCUCAAAUCUCCUAUGUAGGUAGAGCUUAGGUACUCUCACGUACUUAAUUCCGCGAAAUCCUCGAAAAAAUUGGGUAUGAAAAUGACGUAUCCGGGAGCAAUUCUUGUUUUCAUAUAACUUCUUUUAUAUAUUUAAUAAUAAUUGAAAUAGGACCAUUUGACGAAUUGGUAACUUAGAAGAUUGCAUUUUAUCAGAUGAUUUUAUUUAAUUAACAUUUUGACAAUUUUAUGAUAUAUGGAUUAUUAAAAGUUUUGUUUCUUUUUAAAGAUAAAACAUCUUUCCAUUCUACCAAAGGGGAUGAGGUUUAGUAAAAAAAAAAAAAAUAUAUAUAUAUAUAUGUAUGUAUGUAUAUGUAUACAAUAUGAAAAAUAUAUGUAUACAUAUAUAUCGUGGCAACUAUACGCAACUAUUAUGAGUAAGAAGUUAUCUUGAUUAAGAAUAAAUUUGUUACUUGAGAGAAGUAAAUUUAAUCACGACCGCGUUGUCAGACCAAUGACUAUUGUUUAAUAAUCUAUCGUUUAAACUUAAAUGUUAUCCGCAACUAUAAUUCCACUGCAAAAAAAAGUACAUAGGUACAUUUAUGUAUUUUUACUAUUUGCUAACCGACUUUAUUUUGGUUACGUACGAAGUAAACAGAAGGACUACUUAAUAAUAUAGAUAUAAGUACAGCAUACAUAUAGUCUAGUGAGUAAAUAAAUUGACUCUAGUGAAAAAAAAAAAAACAGUGCUCUGCUUCUAGGGCGAAUAUAUGUGCAUGUCUGCUGACGUUUACUGCAGCAAAGCACAAUAGUUAAAAAGAUAUGAAAUAUUUUUACUGUGAUGAUAAUAAUGUUUAUACAAUGAUCAAAUACUAUGACUUGUAUGAUAAUGAUUGUAAUAUUAACUAUCCAACGUUUUUUAAGAGAAAAAAGAUUAAGAAAUCGCGGAAAAUAGUACUCCAAUUCCGUGCGUACGUAAUACUAAGUCAACGUUCCGUUCGUUUAAUUUCAUUUUUUUUUCUCUCUCUCUUUUUUUUAUAUAUAUAUAUAUUUUUUACUUCAUUUCUUCUUCCAUUAGUCACCAUCAGUUCAACAAACAUAACUGCAUAUAUGGUGCUAUUACUUACAUCACGCUUUAACAUUUUUAUCUACUCGAUAAGACUGCUCAGCAAUGUGGAUCAUUCGCAAUUCAUCAACGCUCUUCAUAAAUUAUUCAUAGUUCUCAUACCGUUAUUUUCAUCAUGAAAAUCUGUCCAAAUAACGAUAAUGAAACAUUUUUUGAACUGCCAACUUAAUAAUAAUGCCGUACGAACAAAGGCAUUCCCCUUGAUUAAUUUGUGUAGUUAAGCGUGACACACAAAGAGUCAAGAAACUGUUAUUUCUGUGCCUAAUGUCUUUUAAAUACCGUGUACUUCCACGCAAGAUACUUCUUUUUCCGUUGAACAAAUAUUUAGCAGCAGCUUAAUUGGGAGAGGUGUACACGUUCUGUUUAUAUGUAGAAUUCUACUGACAAAUUCGCUAUUUAUGUUCCUGUUCUCUGAUGUUAGCCAUCUUUUUCUACAUUUAGUACGAUAAACGAGUAAACGACGUUAAUAAUAUGAAACAGGGUGACUUUUUUGUGUUUAACCGAGAGAAAAAGAAAUUAUUGUCUUCUUUUUGUGUAAGUUUGAAAUAGCUGUGCCUCUCCUCUCUGAAAUUUCAAUGCAACUACUUACAUGGAUACAAUGAACAUGACAAUUUAUUCUAUAUUAGAAUGAAAUAAGGAUAUUGUACAGUUUUAACUUAACAAAUUGUAUCGGAAUCAACAUCAACGCGCAAUGAAAAUUUCAGUUUGCGUCGAAGCACAGCAAAUUCUUAACUAUUAAGAUUAGUUUUUAUAUCUUAUGAAUUAACAGUGAAAAAAUAUUGGUUAAAGACUGUGGUAAAAGCGAUGCGGAUUAAACGAUCAUCCAUUUAUAAAUAUUAUAUCAAUCAGUUUGUAUCACGUGGACAUUAUGAAGUAUUUCGUUUUAAAGAUAAAAAAGAAGAAACGCAAUAUUUUAUGGAAUUUUUGAUCAAAUAACAAUAUUAAGUUUUAAAUGAAACAUAAAAUAGAAUUAAUUAAUUCAGUAUAAUUAAUAAUUUAAGCAAUUGGAAUUGAUCAAAAUAAGUAAAUUUUAUUUAUAUGCGUUUACUUUUUUAUUUUUCAAACUAUUUAUUAUUAAUUUGUGUACUUGAUAACUUACAAACUAAUAAAUAGUUCCAUUUAUUUCUUACUUUAUUGUAACUUGCCAUAAUUGUAGGAUGAUGACGAACGUAGAAAAAGUUAAACAUGAAAAAAAUGUGGGUACAACUUCCAAAUUCACCGCAACAUUUAGCCCUGCUAAUAGGAUACAUAUCGAUAUCAUGAAAUCCUUCAAACAAUGAGGAACUUGACUUGUUAUAAUUAGAAGGCUAUAAUUAAUUUGUACAAGAUCAACCUAUUGUAAUAAAGAAUACAAUCUUGCCUA